AUGAUCCAAGGCUUUCUGAAAAGAUUUUCUAAAAUUCCCAAUUUUCACCAUUUUCACCAAUCUCUAAAAAUGGACUCUCAAAGAAUCCAAGAAGUGAUCAGCCAAGGAGUCGAUUCUGGAGUCAUCCCAACCUUAAUGGAUUACAUCAGAAUUCCUAGUCUUUCGACUGCAUUCGACCCUAACUGGGAAACUAAUGGAUACAUGGAACAAGCCCAAGAAGUUUUGCUUAGUUAUGUUAGAUCAUUAAACAUUGAAGGCUUUACUUAUGAAAUUGUCAAAGAACCUGGAAAGCCUUGGCUUGUUUUUGGAGAAGUCCAAGCAACUGCCCCAGACAAAGGAACAAUCCUCAUGUACGGCCACAUGGACAAGCAGCCUCAUUUAAGUGGUUGGACUGUAGGAGGGCCAACAGACCCAGUGAUUGUUGACGGAAAACUCUAUGGAAGAGGUGGAGGCGAUGAUGGUUAUGCCCUUCCUGGCGCUGCAUUAUGCAUUAAAACUCUACAAAGCUUGGGGAUUCCUCAUGGCAGAAUUGUGAUUGUUGCUGAAAACGAAGAAGAAAGUGAUAGUGAAAGCUUGGUCUAUUACAUUAAUAAGCUACGUGAUAGGAUUGGCAGCCCAGAACUUAUAGUCUGUUUGGACUCAGGAAUCAUGAAUUAUCAGCAAUUCUUUAUUACAACAUCUCUCAGAGGGGUUGUGAAUAUUGAUGUGACUGUCAAAACUAUCCUAGCGGGGAUGCACUCAGGUGGGACAUCUGGAGUUCUCCCAUCUGCAUAUAGAAUAAUGCAGCAUAUUAUUUCUCGAAUUGAAGAUGAGAGGACAGGAGAAAUUUUGAUACCAGAACUACAUACUGAAAUAAAACCAAGCAUUUAUGAAGGAGCUGCUCAGAUUGUAAAGUUCAUGGGACCUUAUAUUGUAGGUGCUUUUCCACUUAUAAAUGGUGUUAAACCUAUGACUGAUGAUUUGGUACAACUUUUGAUUAAUAUAUCUUGGAAAAAUAUCAAAGUGAGCCACCAUUUAACUCCUGUAGCUGACCAACUCAAGGGAAGCAGGAGCCUUGAGCAAGGAGUAAUGACAUUCAAAAAUAUGCAACUGGCUAGGCUUUACCUGUUUGCUUGAGCUCAAUUUUCUGUCCAUGCUUUGCUCCAAAUCAUGCUAAAAUAGUUAGAAAGAGUUCUCCCAUAAUGCCAAAAGUUAUUUUCUUGACCAAUCAGGAGGAAUUACACACCCUAGGCCUAAGAUUUCCAAUUAGGUGAAAGUUGGCAAAAAUAUUCAACCGUUCAUGAUGGGCAUCUUUGUUGACACACGGCACAGUGGCACACUAACCUAACUUCCAAGCUCCAGAACAACUUCCAGAUGUUGCAAAACACGAGCUGGAGGGGUUGAGGUAGUAUAGCCCUUCGAGAAUUACAGUAAACUUUUCUAUAUUAUAAUUAAUUGAAGAUUAAUAGAUCUUGGAAACCUACUUUGACAGUCAUUGGUUGUGAAGGUCUCCCACCUGUCGCAGACGCUGGAAAUGUAAUUCAGCCUCAUUUUACAACUAGACUUUCAGUAAGACUCCCACCUGGAGUUAGCGGAAAAGUUGCUACAGAAGCUUUAAUUAGAGAAAUUACAAGAGAUCCUUUAUAUAAUGCUGUUGUUGAAGUAACUCCCCAAUCACCAAGCGAUGGCUGGGCCCAAAAUGAUUUAGAGCCUUGGCUGAAUGAAGCAGUCCAAGAAGCAUCAAAUAGUGUCUUCCAUGCCCCAGCACUCAACUUAUGGGAAGGUGGGAGCAUUCCAUUUAUGGGCUACCUUGGUGAGCUCUUCCCAAGUGCUCAGUUUGUGAUAACAGGAAUUUUGCAUCUGGAAAGCAACCCUCAUAGCAUCAAUGAAAAUUUUAGCAUUGAGUACCUCAAAAAAGCACUUAGCUGUGUUGCCUAUAUAAUAGGAAAGCACGCCUCUAACUCCCCCAUGAGCGAACAAAACCAUUAGAAAAAUCCCUAUUUUUUGCCCAAAAAACAUCCUCCGUGAGUGAGCAAAAAUUUUUUAUAGAAAAAAAUUGAUAUAUAAGUGAUAAUAAUAUAAUGAAAUCUCGAGCUAAUUCUGUUUAAUUUUAAAUAAAUUGCGUUUUUUAAAACAUAAAUUUUAUAUAAAUUAAAUUAAUAUUUGCAUUCCAAUUUUUGCGAAUAGUUUUUUUAAAUUCGAAAAAAAAUUAACCUCCUCCGUGAGCGAACAAGAUUUUUUUGUUCGCUCACGGAGGGGGAGUAAGUAA